AUGAAUAAUGCAGGCUUCGUAGACGUCGCGGACGUGAUCGUAAACAACUCCAAGGCCAAUAUCCCCCUCGAGACGAUGCGGACCGACAAUUACAUGUACAAGCGCCGCUUUUUCACCCUCGUCCCCGACUACUUCCCGACGUCCCGCAUGCGCGAGAUCGUUGACUACCUGCACGCGCACGACCAGCAAUACGUGAUGAUGAUCGACCCGGCAGUGGCCUACCUUCCCGAUGAGCCUGACAGCGCAUAUGCCCGCGGCUCCGAUAAAGGUGUCUGGUUUCUCUAUCCAAACGACUCCUACUAUGAGGGUCUUGUCUGGCCGGGCGUCACCGUUUGGCCGGACUGGUUCAACCCGGACGCGUCUCUCUUCUGGACAGCCGAAGAUAUGAUUACGGAAGCGAAGCGCGAGCAGCAACCGAUCAACCAUUAUGGCGAAGAUUUGAACACGCCACCAUAUCAGAUCAACAACGCAGCGGGUGUGCUAUCGAGCGAAACUGCCGAUACUGACGUGACUCACUACAACGGACUUCUCGAGUAUGAUACACAUCAGUCCUUUUCCUUCGACAUUCUUUUAGUAUGUUGUCUAACCUCUGUCAUCCACGUAGACAACCUCUACGGCACCAUGAUGCCCGCCGCAACAUGUGAGGCGAUGCUCGCCCGCCGCCCGUGGCUGCGCACGCUCGUCAUCACACGCUCAACGUUCGCCGGUGCCGGGGCGCGCGUCGGGAAAUGGCUCGGCGAUAAUUUCAGCGCAUGGUACCCAUGGUCGGGAGUGACAUCUGCGGGUACGAAUCUGUGCGCGCGCUGGGCGAUGUUGGGCGCGUUUAUCCCGUUCAUGCGAAAUCAUAACGCAGACACGUCCAUCAGUCAAGAGCUCUAUCGUUGGCCAACAGUAGCGCAGGCGGCGCGCAACGCGCUCAACAUCAGGUACCGCCCACUCGACUACCUCUACACAGCGCUGCACCAGGCAAGCGUGGACGGCACGCCUGUCGCAUCGCCGCUCUGGUUCGCGUACCCCUCGGACGCGAACACAUUCGGGAUCGACCUGCAGCACUGGCGCGAAGGUUACACACGCCUUCAGGCGACCGACUUCGAGCUCGUUGUCGCCCCCGGACGGGAUGGGCGCGCGACCGGGCCGCUCUACGUGGACGACGGCGUGCAGGACAAGGCGACGCAGGUGGGACUAACGUUCUCAAACAACGUGCUGUCGGUUAAGGGCAGCUUUGGGUACCUGCUUGGGGUGAACGCGCGACGCGUGCGGGUGCUCGGUGUGGAGAAGAAGCCGGUGGGAGCUAAGCUCAGGGUCAGGGGGAAGAGCAAGGAUGUGAAAGUUACUUAG